GAGGAGAGUGGGCGGACCUAUCAGGCCCACGGAGAGGGGGAAUAUUUCCUUUCAAGUAAUAGUUCAGAGCAGAACCUGCCAGAUUUCCAGCAUGCAUCAUGUUACAUGAUGAUGGACAACUCUCCGGCAUGUGCUGUUAUUGGGGACUCGCCUAGGCAAGUGCUGGACAUCGGCUGUGGGGCCGGCACAUGGGCGCUUGGUUUCGCAGAGACGCACCCGAGUCCCAAUGCCAUCGACACCGACCUUAAUCUGGUCCAGCCGGAUGCGAAGUUUCCGAACUGCUCCUUCUUGCAAGACGAUGUUGAGGAUGAGUGGAUACUUCAAGUGAAGUUUGACUACAUCCCAUCUACGAGUAAUGCUGGGUCCCAUGUCGCCUGGUGA